GUUCGCUGGCAUGGCGUAUCGUGAUCGCUGAUCUAGUCAAGGCGAACUAAGCUGAUGGUUUCCUUUCAUUUUAAUUUACUUUUGGUUUUCUCUCCUUAUUAGACGUGCGUUAACCUAGACCGUAGUAUAACCAUUUAAAGAAGACACAGCAGACACCUCUCGUGAUUAGGAUUAAAAUUAUUUUCGUUGAAUCUGAAAACGUCUCUAGAUUAAGUAUUCACGACGCUGCAUCGUAUAUUAUUGUUUACGAUGUCGCUGUCGCAUGAUGGAAUAGGAUCACUUAGCCGGCGUAAACCUUUCUUGUUACCAUCACCUGGGGAACAACAUGUGUUCAGUCAUCAGAGUAGGCUCUUGCUGCCAUCGAAUGAACAUCCGUUCAGCCAAAGGAAACGACACCGUCAACCCCUACUACCGACACCCAUCCACCCGCCAUUCGCUCAACAGUGGCGAACCUUCUUGCCGCCAUUCCAUGUCAUCCACCCAUUCAUCCAAUAUAAUAAGAACAGAAUACAUUUGUGGAGAAAUAGAAUUAAUAAUUACUCAAGCCCAAAUUAUAGUUGGCGUCAUCCGUCUAUGAUGAGAAACACUGGAAGUCAAUUUGUAAAGAGAAAAUGUCUGCUAUCGCCUUUUAAAAAACAAUUAACAGGUCAUCAGAAUUUUUCAAAUAUUCCAUCUCCGAGUCACAAAAUCGUUCCAAUUGAUUUUGUCAGAGGUGAUGAAUCGGAUAUAAUUCAAGACAAAAUGGACACUUACUCUCAAAGUGACAAGUUGGUAAAACUGGGUGAGUGGGAAAAACACACGAAAGGAAUCGGUGUCAAACUUCUAUUGAAGAUGGGUUUCCAACCGGGUAAAGGUCUGGGGAAAAGUCUGCAAGGACGAACACAACCUGUAGAAGCAAUGGCGCCCAAUGGAGGAGGAGCAAUUGGAAGUGACAAACAGGUGCUACUGUCACCUGCCCAACAGUCUGCUGAGUAUAGUUGCCAAGCGUCCAAUGACUUGCAAUCACCAAGUAGCUAUCUGAUUGCAGCCACAUCAACCCCGGAAGUGAUUUGCAUAUCGAGUUCAGACGAGAACGAUUAUUUGAUUCUGCACGACGAUGAGUGUUUAUUACCGGAAGUUCCCUCUCCAGUUUGUCAUACCUCAUCCGAGGCAAAUCUAAUGCAAACCAGGGAGAAACGUUUGAGCGAAUUGCCGUGGACUUACGAAACAUUGUGCUCUACUUCUUCAAGGAUCCCAACCAGCGCCAAUUCACCUUCUGCUGUCAAACCAUACUCCGCAACGUCGACAGAAUCGCCGGAUAUUGUUUAUAUUUCCAGUUCAGAUGAAGGCGAAUGUGUGGUUCUAUGCGAUAAUUCCCCACGUCAACGUUAAUGUAAUCGUGAUGGCAUUUAAGCCUAUAGGAUUACUAUUACAGGCGGAUGUCCUCGGACGAGAUUAAUUUUCCAUAGAAAAUUAAAGCUAUAGACAGCCAUAUCACCUUGCCCCCCUCCCCCUCCCAGAAGCAUAUUGCCCAGCAAUCUUCGCCGCUCCUUAAAGGAAAUAUAAUACUUUUUGUUUUUCUAUUCAUCCAUAUUAAGGUACUGCAAUUUUGAACUGUGAAAAAUAAUUGCUAUUUUCAUUUUAGAUCACUCACAAAUCAAAAUUUUACUUUAUGUAGGCUUGUUUUGUGUUUGACUGUUUGUGUUAUUUAAUUCAUGUUCCUGAAGAAAAAUGACUUUCCGAUGUAUUAGUACAAGUUUUUCAAAAUAA